AUGGGAUCAGCUUGUUGUGUUGCAGCAAAGGAUCCUAAUCUUCCUAACAGAACUGGAAGUGAAAGCUUGCGUAGAGAUGUUGUGUUUUCACCUUCGUGGAGCUUUCAAUGGGAUAGUCGGGGGCGUGUUGCUGGUGAAGUUGAGAAUCCUUCCUAUCACACAUCUCAUGUGGACAGUAGAAAUGUCAGCAUGGAGUUAAAAGGUUCAUUAAGUUCUGAAAGAGGUAAUUUGUCUGAUGGGGGAAGCAUCAUGGAAAAUUCUGUGACUCCUAUUUCUCUGAAGUCCCCUGUUGAUGAGGAAUUGGUUGCAAAUCUGAUGACCCCCUCUUCUGAUCUGUCCAUGUCAAGCAAUUUUUCUACAGUGGUGAAGAACCCAGUGGAAUCUUCAAUACCAAAUCUUUCUUUUUCAAUACCUUCAGUCUUCUCAACGCCUACAGCAGAUCCUUUGCCUAAUCACAAUUAUCACCAUCUUCCCAACUCUACCCCAACAAGAUGGGCGCAUCGGUCUCCAGCACACCCUCUGUUGAGACAGAUUUCUGAUAGUCGAAUAAUGGGUCUGAAAUCGCCAGACAACUCAAUUUCUGAGGGAAGGCCAUCAUUUGUACUCUCUACUUGCAGCAAUGAUAUGGCUGCUGGAUCGCUGUGUGGAUCAUCUGAUGGCUGGUCAAUGCGCACCUUCUCUGAGAUGGUGGCAUCAUCCCAAAGGGAAAGGUGGUCUUUUGAUAGUGAGUGUUUCAGCUCUGGUAGACACAAAAUAAGUGGAUCCAGUGGCCGGUUCUCGUAUUCUCCCUCCAUGGAACUACAAUCUUGUGGGGCAUGCUCAAAGCUUUUGACUGAAAGAUCAACAUGGAGCAACCAGAAGUUUCUUCCCAGCAAUGACCUCUCAGUUGUUGCUGUUCUGGUGUGUGGUCAUGCAUAUCAUGCAGAAUGUUUAGAGGCUAUGACACCAGAGGCAGAUAGGUAUGAUCCAGCUUGUCCAAUUUGUAUGGUUGGAGAGAAGCACUUUUCAAAGUUGUCCAGAAAAGUUCUUCGUGCUGAAUCAGAGAUAAAGGCCAAGAACCACAAGGUAUCCAGAAACCGUGUAGUUGAUAGCUACCUUGAUGGUGGUUUUGACGUUUUUGAUCACCAAAAAGAUAUUGAUUUGGGAGGAAAAGUUUCAAAAAUGGAGCCUAGCUCCAGUGCGAGGAGUUCAUUUGGAAAGCCAUUCUUGAGGCGGCACUUUUCACUUGGGUCCAAGUGGAGCCGAUCCCUGUCUGAGAAUGAUUCUGCAAGGAAGAAAGGCUUCUGGGCAAGAUAUCGUAAAGAUUGA